AUGGAGAAUAUCACCAAUUCCUACCGUUUUGAAAAUCACCCGAUUAUCCAAACAUUAAAACUUCAAGUCCCAGCAGGAAUUGAUGAAGAUUCUCUUCCAUUUGAUUUAUUAACUUUUUCAUCAAAGAAAAUAAUUGACGAAAAUCGACUCAUUUCCCUAUAUAAUCAAAUUACUAGUGGUGAAAAACUCACCCAAUGUCUUUCAAUCUUUGAAAUCGAUUUUAUUUUCAAUUAUUCUUGUUUAAAUCGAAUAAUUACAGCAAAAGAACAUAACGAAAUGGAAUAUUAUUAUAUACUUCACAGUGCAGUCUGCUUCUGUGUAGGAUAUUCAAGGAAUAUUGAUCCAGAAGAUGUAUAUUUAAUAUUAAACGCGCUUUUUCUUAUUAAAUCUCAUCCAUAUCAUGAAAUAUCGAUUUAUAUGGUAUCUUAUAUUCUAUUUACGAUCUCAGCUGAUAUACAAAGAUUUGAUUUACUCAAAAUUCUGGAUAUUGUAAGAAAUAUUUUAAAUUGCGAAAUUGAAAUUCCACGGACAAUUACAUCUUCUAUAAUAUUCUUAAUAUACGCACUAGGAACUCGCGGUCCAAUAGAUUCAAAAUCAGAGACUUUAUUUUUGUUCUUAUCCGAGCUAAAUUGUUACUCAAACUACUCGAUUUCCGAAACUCAAGCGAUAUCUCUCUAUGACAGGUGCUAUUACGGCCUUUGUUCCUUAAAUAUAAAUUGUAUGACUUUCAUGUACAACUUUAUUACGAAAGUUCCAUGGUCUGUUGCAGAGCUUUACUUCUCUAAGAUCGGUUAUCUACUUGCAAACUUCCUACAUCAGAAAGAUCAAAAAUAUUUGAGGAAUAUUAUUCCAAUUUUGGACGAUGAAUUAAGCUACAUACCACAAAUUGCACUUGAUCUUGAUAAGAGUAGUUCUCAAGAUGGUUUUGCCUUAGAAGCCCAUCAGCAAAACAAUUAUCAGUUAAUAACUUCAAUUUCUUUUUCGAGUUUCAGUGAAAUUCCAAGUGAAAAGUUGAUCCCAUGCUUUGACAUACAAGGUUCAGAAGAUUUGGCUACAUUUCAUCGUUCAAAAAUUAAUCCGAAGAAAUUACCUGAUUGUUUUCGAUUGAAUAGCAGUUUAAACUCAAUGAUAUUCAAUAAAUUCCAUGAAUUCAGUCCUUAUUCUAAUAAAUAUGACAAAUUAGAAAUGAAACCAAAAACUGAACUGGAAAAUCUUGAUAAAUUCGAUGAAACGGCAAAAAUAAUAAGUAACCACGUCCAAUGCUUAGUGAAAUUAUCUAGAAAUUAUCCAAGAGCGAAAUUAUCAAUUUAUCGAUCUUUUAUUAAGGUUUUGAAGUCGAAAUUUGACUACGAUUUAGCAUUUUCUGCUGUUUUAUUCUUAACACUGCAAUCAGAGAUCACAGAUUUCAAAGAAUUGACUGAAAUAAUAUAUCCAAAACUUUUUACCCCGAAUUGCACAAUAUAUGACUAUCCGAAUGGAUAUUUCCCUCUUAUACAGCUUAGAUAUAUGUAUUUUUCGCUGUUACUCAAAUGGGGAAAUUUGGAUUUUUUAUCUUUCCUAGAUCCAAUGAAAACAACUCCACUUCUACUAUCAGAGCUUGUCUUAUAUAUCAUCCACCAGCUCGAUAAGAAUGAAGUGAAGCUACAACUUUUUAUUCAAAUUAUUGAUUUUAUUAUUAACGCAUAUCCCUCAUUUUACAACGAAUUCCAACAGAACCAGACCUCUAGAGAGCUCGUUACUGUAUCCCGAUCCAUUUUCCAACUAGUUUUGAAGUUAUUAAUCACUAAUUUUGAUUUGUCGAUCACUUUUCUAGAGAAAGACUACUUUAUAUCAUUCAUUUUAGCCUUGCACUUUGAUGAGAACAUCAGGAAAGAGGUCAUUCACUACGUAAUUCCCAUCUGGGCCAAUGUUUCUCGCACAUCAAUUUUAAAUUUCUUGUUACUCGCACUAGGAUCAUAUGAUAACGAGCGAGAUGUUGAUACAGAAGACUAUUUCAAGAUGAUCACUGACUGUUUGAACGCUGCAAUCACUAUUAUUGAUGUAAGAAACGAAUCUCCGAAAGAAUACUCAGUUUUGAUUGAGAAAAUCAGUAUUUUACUGGCAUCAAACACGACAUAUGAUGUUGAUGUUAACUUGGCAUUGUCUGUUAUGAAGUUUUUAACUUUAAUUUCGAAGUAUUCGACACUUUCUGUUUCGGAAAGACAAGUUUUCCUCAAUUUCCUCAAGAAAAUCACUCCUGGACCGAGAGAUGACGAGUUAUUUGAUUGCCACGUUGAUCUAAUCAUUGGACAAAUCAACCACAACCACUUGGAAAUAACUCAACACAAAUAUCUCUACAACUUUUACUCUUUGUUCGGUCUGAGAGCAAUUGACUUCUUGGAAAAGACAUUUUUGAUCUCUCCUAUAAACAGAUUGAUGUGUCACCUCGGUCAGAUCGAUAUAAGAAUACUCGAGGAAUUCGAAGAAAUUGAUGACCAGGAAAUUAAUGAAAUUGAUCAGCCAAUUGUUGUUAAAAAUUUGUCAGAAAAUCAAAGUUUACAAAAUGUCAAAUUGUCAGAAAAUCAAAGUUUACAAAAUGUCAAAUUGUCAGAAAAUCAAAGUUUACAAAAUGUCAAAUUGUCAGAAAAUCAAAGUUUACAAAAUGUCAAAUUGUCAGAAAAUCAAAGUUUACAAAAUGUCAAAUUGUCAGAAAAUCAAAGUUUACAAAAUGUCAAAUUGUCAGAAAAUUUGCAAAAAAUACCAAAUGAUGGAAAUCAAAAAUCUUCAAAUGAAAAAGAUUUAACAACAGAAGAAAAUUUGACAAAUUUAAAUUUACAAAAUUCUGAUGUAAACAAGAAUUUGUCAGAAAAUCAAAACUCUUCAUUAUCUAAUGAAGAAAAAGAACAUCCAAAUGAAAAAAUGAAUGAAGCUCUAGAUGAAACAAGUUCUGAUAAAAUUUUGUCAGAAAAUGUCAAAAAUAACGAAAAUUUGACAGAAAAUAAAGAAAAUUCGAAUUCUGAAGAAAAAUUGUCAAAUAAUGUCAAAAAUCAUGGAAACUUGACAGAAAAUGUCAAAAAUGAUGAAAAUUUGUCAAAUGAUGUCAAAAAUGAUAAAAUUUUGAUGGAAGACAAAGGGAAUCAGAAAGUUAAAGAUCAUAAAACAAGAAGUGAAGUUUCAUUUGUUUGUAAAACGGAAGAACCAAAGAAACAACUGAAGAAGUUGGAAAACUUUUUCAUAAGUAUUGCUAAAGUUGCAUCAAACAUCAGAGUUGUCUACAAACUGAUAUCAUUAAUGAGCAGAAAACACUUAAAGAUGUGCAUGCGAAUAAUCAUCCAGUGUUUGCUCUACAAACUACAAUAUCCUGUUGCAUCAAUUCCUUUCUAUAAUAACACGAAUCUUAUAAACAUUUCUAAAUAUGAUGAAGGACAAAACAACAUAAAUCUCUGUUUGUGGUUUUUGUACACAAUAAAUUCGGAGAAAACAAAUUUAUUUAGAAGUGAUUUGUAUGAUGUUUAUUUAGAAAUAUACAUGGACAAAAACAAAAUUGAAGUGAUUUCAAAUAAAGAAGGAGUAAUUUCUUAUUUCGAACAGACCUUUUCAAAUUUGAGACCAAAUGUUUGGUCUAUGAUUAUUUUCUCUUUUCUUCCGAGACAAUUAACUAUUUAUUGUGCGAAAGAAAAGGUAACAUUCCCUAUUUCUUUGGAUGUAAGAUACACUGAUGAAAUGACAAUUGGUUUUAUGUCUCAGAAACCUUUGAUUUCUCCUUUUUAUCUCGGACCAAUUAAUUUGAGCUACGACGAAAUUUCCCAGAAAGAUAUAAUUGAAAUGGAAGAAUACGGACCAAGAAGUCACAACAUAAACAACAACAUUUUGUCUGUGAAUAUAGAUGUUUCUGAAGACCACAUUUGUUUGCAGAAAAAUGGAAAACCAAAUGUGAAAUUGUCACUCAACAAAAUGCCUGGUUAUUUGAAUUUCGCUGAUGCUUUGAUUAGAUUCUUCACUGCAAAUGUUUUGAUUCCUUUGUUCAAGAAAAUAAAUGACUUCAAAAUGAAGAAAAAAGUUAAGAACGUCAGAAGUAUUUUCUUUACUGAAAACAAAAAUAUAAAUGAGAAAAAAUUAGGAAAAAUAGAUGUUGAUAAAAAUUCAUAUGAAAAAUGUUUAGAGAAUAACAAAAAUCUAAAUGAAAAUGAAUCUAAAGGAAAGGAAAAUUUAGAUGGAAUAAAAUCAGAAGAAAGCAAAAAUUUGGAAGAAAAUGAAUCAGGAAAAUUCAAAAACUUAAACGAAAAAGUAUCUGAUGAAACUAAUUCUAAUGAAAAUAAUAAUUUAGAUGAAAUUAAUCCAAAUGAAAAAGAAAAAAUAUUUGAAACUAAAUCUAAUGAAAAAGAAAAAUUAGAUGAAAAUAAAACAAUUGAAGAAAUGAAAUCUGAUAUUGUUAAAAAUUUCGAAGAAAAUGGAAAUAAAUUUACAGAUGUCACAAAGAACUUUAAUGACAAUUAUGAUUAUCAGAUACAAAAGAGAACAGAGAUUUUGAUUGAAGUUAUUGAUGUUUUCAAGUCUCUUUUUUAUGUCAGUCCUUCGAGUGAAGUUUUGUUUUACGAAGAAAAUGGUUGGGUAUUAAUUUCUUAUUUAAUGAGACAGAUGAAUCCAGAGUUCCUCGACUUCAAUGUCUAUUUGAGGUUCUGUGACAUAUUAAAUCAAAGCCAAAAUGUUAAUUUCAAACAUGAUUUGAUAAAACACAUUUUAGUGAAUCCUUUGAUUUGGAUUUACACUAGAACAGAAGUUGCUUUGGUUGUAACACAUCAUUGGUUUAAUUCUUUAUUCCCUAACUUGAAUUUCCCUGUUUCUUUCACUCAUUUUCUCGGAAUCUUUUUAGGAUCAAUUUGGAAAUGCAAAGAAAAUGAAAUUGAAGCUUUGGAUUCAAUCAGAGAUCAAAGUGUCAAAACAUUGGUUUCUGUUGCAGAAAUCUCUUUCGAUAUAAAAGAUUUCGAUGCAUUAAUGAAUACAAUAGUAACUGCUAAUGAUAAAUCAAUCAUUAUAUCAAUGAUUGAACUGUUACAAAAUUUAACUUUGUCUCCAAAACAAAUUUUAAUGAAAAUUUCUCAAAAAAGUGACAGAAAUAACAAAUCCAUUGAAAAAGUAACAACUUUAUUUAAAUUAUAUGAUGAAGAGAUAUCAUUAGCUAUAUUUAGAUUGUUAAGUAUUCUUCAAACAAGUCAUAUUUUCAAGACUUCUCUUUUUGUUUAUCAAUUGGAAUCUUUUAAUUAUCAUUACGCAAAUCAUGAAUAUUCUUCGGCUUUUUUGGACCAAAUCUAUAAUUUAAAGGAUUUGCAACCUGAUUUCAUCCAAGUUUGUUUUGGUUUGAUUUAUUACAACAAAAAUUUGACAAAACACUUUUUAUCUUAUUUGGAACCAAAUUCUUGUUUUGCUCUGUCAAAAGCUUGGAGUUUUUGGCCAAUUUUGGCUGCUGUUAAUUGUGAGAAACCAGAAGAAUCACAGAAGAUAUUCGAGUUCGUUCUAAAUUGUACAAAUAAGGACUGGGAAUGUGGUUUUCUCAUCACAAUGAUAAUUUCUUCUUCGAAUACUUUUAUUCGACAAUUUUUGACAAUUGCUGCUCAAAAAAUCAGAUUGUUGCCAAGAUUUUUCUCCGAAGACAUGAUAUCUAAUUUACUGAAUUUGUGUAUGUUCUAUAUUUUGUUUAGACCUAUGCCUUACACGAACUAUUUCUUCAACAGAAUUUGUGGAAUAGAAAAUGAAAUUUUUGACAAAAACCAAGAUUUUGUUUCUUUGUUAGAACUUUCACAAAAACCAAAAGAAUACACUUAUGGACUGAAUUUCGAUAUCGACAGAGGAAACUGGGAAGAUGUUGAUUUAAGUCUUGCUUGCCUUGAAAUUAUAACUUGUAUUCCUUCGCAGAAUUUCAAUGAUCUUGGCAGUUUAUUUGCCAGUUUUAUUUUAGCAGAAAAAAAUGGAAACCAAGAAGUUACAAAUUACGUAAUGAAAAAGAUUAUUCCUAUCUUCUUGAAUAUGCAUAAACCAUCGAAUCCUUUCAUGUCAUUAUUGCAAUACCACAUGAAGAAAGCUGGCUCAACAAUUCCUUUCACAGAAAAGAACUCCAUUUCUCAAAUAGAAGCAAUUCCUCUUUUGUUAGAAUCAAUCAAACCAAAAGUGACAUAUUUUUCAUAUGAACUUUCAAAACUUGCCACUUCUAUUUUGAAGCAGAGAAAGUCAUGCAUCGAUCAGAAGUAUUCCAGCGAAACUUCUCGAUUACCAUUCUCUAUUUUCAUCCUUGAAAAUGUCUUCGAAGCUGUUGAUUUUCUCAAGAGACAAACAGCUUUCCAAUGGCGUCAUUUCUGGGCAAGAAUGACUUUGCAAUGCGCUCCAUGGGAAGACAUAAACGCCAAGAAACCAUCAUUAUUCAAGAGAGAUUCUACUUUGUGCAAUUUCUUCUGUCCGAUGAAAAUGAGAGUUAUUGAUGAAAGUGAAGAAAAACACACAAAUUAUUUCUCAAGAUCUUUUUCAUCGAAAUUUGAAGAAAUUGUUAAAAAUAAUUCGGAAGAAGAUGACAGCGAUGAAUUCUCUACAUCUUCUUCAUUCUCCCUCUUCUUUAGUGGAAAUGGUGAUGAAGAUAGUGAAUCAGAUGAUGAAAAUGAAUUUGUAAGUAAAGUUUUGUUUUCUGACAAGUGUCAAAUUGUCAAAAUUGACAGAAAACAUGAAGCCACGUUUGUUGUUACCAAAUCUGCUCUUGUAUUUGAUUACGACAAUGAAGAGCAAAGGGUCAUUGAGUCCCAAAACAUUUCACAUAUUUUGAGAAGAUAUUUCCAUGGAAAUUUAAAUGGUUUGGAAGUUUUCAAUUUUGAUGGCGAAUCUGUUUUAGUUAAAUUGCACACGAAGAAUGCAAAAGAAGCCCUCAAAGUUAUCUCAAAGAGGAAGGAAUAUAGACAUUGUGUUUUGCAAACAGAAGAUUGUUCGGAAAUGAUUGAAAAACUUAAUGUAAAACAAAAAUGGAUCGAAGGAAAAAUCUCGAAUUUCGAGUAUUUAAUGACUUUGAAUAUCUUCAGCGGUAGGUCCUUCAACUGCGAAUGUUUCUACCCUGUAAUGCCUUGGAUAUUCCAGAAUUUUGAGACAAACCAAUUGAGAGAUUUCAAUAAUUUACAAAUGAAAAGUGACGAAAAAAUUUUUGAAACAUUUUUGACUCCGAAAAAUGUUUUUGUUUAUAACAUGAGAGUUGAACCUUUCAUGACGAAGUUCUUCGCAAUGAAAGAAAAAUCAUUUAAGUUUAACUCCCUCAAAGAAAUUUCAGAAGUUUACAGUCAAAAAGUGACAGAAUUGACACCAGAAUUUUAUUUUGAUCCAAGAAUUUUUGAGAACAAAAUUGAAGAAUCCGAAGAAGAAAUCCAUAAGAUUAUUCUUCCGAAAUGGGCAAAUAGUCCAUUAGAAUUUGUUUAUUUCAGCCGCAAAUACUUGGAAAGAGUAAAUCAUCUUGAAAAAUGGAUUGAUUUGAUUUGGGGAAUUGACCAAAAUAAAAAUAAUUUCGACCCUGAUUUGUUCGUCGACAAAAUCCCUCAAAAAGGUGAUAGAUACAGGAAAGAAGAGAAAAUGCAUAAAUACGGCCAAAUUCCGCCUCAAAUUUUCACUUCACCUCAUCCAGAAAAACUGACAUAUGACUCAACAAUUUUGAAAGAAUUUAUGUCAUUUUCUGUACCUGUCGACAAUGUUUUGUGUGGCUUCUUUAGCCCUCAAAAGCAAACCGUUUUUAUCGUCACAGACGAUGGAAAACUUUUAUCGUCAAAUUACGAAAGUGAAGUGACAGAAAUAAUGAAGUUUGACAUUUCUAGUGUUCAGACACGAAAAGGAAAAUUCGGAGUGAUUACCGAUGACGAAAACAUUGUUUUUGCCACUAAAAACGGUUCACUUUUGACGAUUGACAUAAACAAGAAGACACAAAAGACAAUUAGUGCUCAUUUUGCAGGUGUUAACUGCAUUUCCAUUUCAAAACGAUUGAUUGUUUCAGGUGGCGAUGAUACGAGAUUGCACGCGAUAACAAGUGAUUCUUUGAGUCCUCUUUUCUCUGUUGCAACUUACGAUGACGAAUUAACUUGUUGCCAUGUUUCUCAGAACUUCCAUUUGGCAAUCGCUUGUACACAUUGCGGAAACGUGUUUGCAAUUGAUACAAGAAGAAGAGAAAUCACUUGGCAAAUGUCUCUUGAAGAAGGCAGUUUCCCAAGAAAUGUCGUUGUCACAGAUUCUUGGGGAUUCAUCGUAAUUCAUUACACAACAAUGGUCGAAGGAAAUGAGAUACAAAAAAUAGCUGUUUUGACAAUUGAUGGCGAAAUUCAUGAAACAUUCGAAGUAGAUAUUAAUGUAGCGCAUAUUGCGAAAUUGACUUCUCGUGAUGGAUUUGAUUUCGUCUUGAUUGUUGGUGAGAAAGGAAGGAUUUGGUCUUUCGAAGCAUUUUACGGUGAAAAAGCAUUGAAUCAAUUCGCAAACUGUGCAAGUCCUGUUACGAAUGUUUUUGUUGCUGAUGAUAAUGAAUUUAUUUAUACAAUAACAAUCAACGGCAGAAUUCAGAUUAUACCUUCUGAAUACGCUGUUAGAAAUAUUCAAGUUUAA